CCCAGCUAGACCUACAGAAAAAAAACUCUAAAAUAGUUGUUGGUAAACCAGCAGGUGAGCAGUCGAACAUCGUGGCCGCCUCUGCUCAGCCCAGAUCUCCGAUGGCCACCGCACCCGCCGCCCCGCCGCCGGCCUCCGCGGACGACGAGAUCAUCUACGAGUCCAUGCCCUGCAUCCGCGUCUACAAGGACCGCGUGGAGCGCUACUUCGGCACCGAGUUCGUCGCCGCCUCGACGAACGACUCCACCGGCGUGGCCUCCAGGGACGUCGUCAUCUCCCCCAACGUCUCCGCGCGCCUCUACCUCCCGCGCCUGGACGACGGGAACGCCAAGCUCCCCAUCUUCGUCUACUACCACGGCGGCGGCUUCUGCAUCGGCUCCGCCUUCAACCCCAUCUUCCACGACUACUUCAACUGCCUCGUGGCCCUCGCCGACAUCCUCGUCGUCUCCGUCGAGUACCGCCUCGCCCCGGAGCACCCCGUCCCCGCCGCCUACGCCGACUCCUGGGAAGCGCUCGCCUGGGUCAUCUCUCACCUCGGCCCCGCCGGCGACGGCGCCCGGGACCCGUGGAUCGCGGGCCACGCCGACUUCUCCCGCCUCUUCCUGGGCGGCGAGAGCGCGGGCUCCAACAUCGCGCACCACAUGGCGAUGCGCGCUGCCGCGGAGGGGCUGGCCCACGGCGCCCGGAUCCGGGGACUCGUCAUGAUCCACCCCUACUUCCUGGGCACGGACAAGGUGCCCUCCGACGACCUCAGCCCGGAGGUGCGCGAGAGCCUGGGGUCCCUGUGGCGCUUCAUGUGCCCGACCACCACGGGGGAGGACGACCCGCUCAUCAACCCCUUCGUUGACGGCGCCCCGCCGCUAGCGUCCCUGCCGUGCGGCCGCGUGCUCGUGUGCAUCGGCGAGGGCGACGUCCUCCGCGACCGCGGCCGCGCCUACUACGACCGGCUCAGGGCCAGCGGGUGGCCCGGCAAGGCAGAGAUUUGGCAGGCGCCCGGCAAGGGACACACGUUCCACCUCCUGGAUCCGUGCUGCGACGAGGCCAUCGCGCAGGAUAAAGUCAUCAGCUACUUCCUCAGCCACUGACUCGCCUCGCGUCCUCGCCGGUGGUGGUGGCGUUGUUGGGCUUGGAUCAAAAUUAGCUUCUUUCAUGCUGGCGCUACACUACAUACCUUACUUCUAGUACAUAUCAGGUUCAGAGUUGUAUCCGUAUUCUUUGAAAUUGGAUCUCAGAAUGGAGCUUUGCCCAUUGUUAGUAGGCAAUGGUGUUGAUGUAUUGCACCUGGUAAUUUGGGGACGAUGAUACAGUCAUAGUGUCAUACAUAUGAAAUUAUACUUGUUUGUCACACAGAAUUUGUUGAAACAAAUGUUCCAUCUUUUAC